GGCGGCUCCGGUACCGGGGCUGCGGGCCGGGCCCCUGGCUGAGCCUCCUGCAUGUGUGGCUCUCGGCAGCGGCGGCACGGGUGCUGCACGGCUGCGGGCGGCGGCAGGAGCCAGGACCACAGUCCCUUGGCCCCAUCCUUCCUGGUGCCUCCGCCCCAGCCUCCAGAGCAUGGCUCCCCUCAGGCCACCAGCAAAAACCUUCAGGGGGUGAAGCGCCUGGCACUGCUGGAUUUCUCAGAGCUGAGAGCCAACAAGAAGCCCUGGACCCCAGUGUCCAGCCCUGGCCUUCAAGAGUGGCACUGGAGCUGCCCACAGACACUUGGCACACAGCAGCCGGGAACGUGGGGCCAGCAGCAAGGUGGGCUUCUGCCCCCCAGCAGCCGUGCCGGGGAGCUGGAGAGCCGCAGGACGAGGAGGCACGCAGUGACUGGGGAGAGGGUGCCCCAUGCCCGGAGCAGCACCACGCUGCUCCUAAAGGCACUUGAAGCUACAAUUGUGCAUGAGCACAGCCACUUCAAGAAGACUUAUCCUAGCUACCACCAGGAGAAGAAUCGCUGCGAAUACGUCCAUCAGAAGCUGUCUCACAUCAAAAGCCUGAUUCUACAGUUUGAAGGAAGCGGGAGCUCCUAGGCAAACUGCUGCUGCAAGUCUUUUUUCUUUGCUCACCAGGACAGGUCCCUGAAGUGGUGGAAGAAGCAGU